AUGCUUGCCCUGCUGGCCGCCGUCGCCGUCGCCUGCCUGCUCUUCCUGUCCAGGCCAUGCGCGCGUGACAUGAGACUGUUCCUCGCCUCCCUGUGCCGGCAGCUCCUGCUCUCCCUGCUCAGGUUCCUGGCAGGCCUCCGCCUGCUCGGCGGCGUCGCGGCCGCCUCCGCGGCUACAGAGACCAUGCCGCUCAUGCCGUCCUUCAAGAGGAAGCGCGCCGCAGCCACGGUGGAGAAUGCGGAGGAUGCCGCCGCCGCCGCCGGCGGCGGCGGCGGCGAGCCGUCGGUGCUCGACCUGCCGGAGCUGGCCAUCGAUUGCAUUCUCGAGAGGCUGCAGCCGGCGGAGCUGCGGAGCAUGGCCGCCGUCUGCCGCUCCAUGCGCGAGCGCUGCCGCGGCGACCACCUCUGGGAGCGCCACAUGACCAGCAAGUGGGGCCGUGUCCUGGGCCGCGCCGCCAGGGACGAAUGGAGGACGCACCUGGCGUCCGUCAGCGAGUCCGGCGCCGCGGGCUCUGUCUCGGGCGGCGGCGGCGGCGGCAAGCGCCGGAGGUGGCUCGCCGCGCUGUCCUGCGUUUGCCCGGUGGUGUCCUGGAUGCGGCCGAAGGCCGACGGUGGCAAGUCGUCCGCCCCCGUGCUGGAUGAUUCCAUCAUGUCGUGGUAUCUGUCCAUGGAGAGUGGCAAGUUCUGGUUCCCAGCUCAGGUCUACAACCGCGAGCAUGGGCAUGUUGGGUUCAUGAUGUCAUGCUAUGAUGCAGAGCUCAGUUAUGAUUUCCAUACUGACACAUUCUGUGCAAGGUAUCUGCCACACGGUCGACGAACUGUGGUCUUGGAGGAUGGUGUGCAAUGGGACAGGGUCAGGGCACCACCUGUUGACACUCUUGCGCAUGAUCUGCACACCUCUGACUGCCUACAUGAACUCCGGCCUGGUGAUCAUAUUGAGAUUCAGUGGAGAAGGAACAAAGAAUUCCCAUAUGGCUGGUGGUAUGGAGUUGUUGGGCACUUGGAGCCAUGUGAUGGAAAUGAACACUUUUGUCGGUGUCAUCUUAGUGACACCGUCGUGCUGGAGUUCAAUCAGUACACGCCAGGCUCAAGAUGGAGGCAAGCGCUGGUGAAUCGGAAGGAACAUAGGGAAGAGGGCAAUGAGGGCGACGGGUUCUACGGCGGUGUAAGGAAGCUCCGCAGCAAGGAUGACAUCUCCAAGUGGAGGCAGCUGUGGCCAACAGACAUCCUGGAGUAG